GCUCCGAGUCCUCUGACGGCCCCAGCCAGGGAAUUUCAAUUUGAAACCGAGCGGAGGGAGGAGGCGGUUGCGGCGGCCCGGCGGCAGGGGCUGGAGCGGGACCAGUUCCCGCAGCGAGCGAGCCCUGGAGGUGCAGUGUCCGGCAUAAGCUGUAACCAUGACCACUGAAGUAGGCUCCACUUCUGAAGUGAAGAAAGAACCUGAACAAUUAGGAGCAGACACAGAUACAACCAAGGAGAAAACGAAAGAAGUAGCAGAAAAUCAGCAGAAUCAGUCCUCCGAUCCAGAGGAGGAAAAAGGUUCCCAGUCAUCUCCUACAGCUGAAAGCCAAAGUAGUCCACACCGCCAGAAGAGAGAGAAGGAUCCAUCGGAGAGCAGGGGAAUUUCUCGAUUCAUACCCCCAUGGCUUAAGAAACAAAAGUCCUAUACCUUAGUAGUGGCCAAAGAUGGAGGAGAUAAAAAAGAGCCUACCCAAGCUGUUGCUGAGGAGAUUUUAGAUAAAGAAGAAUCUCUUCCUGAAGGAGAGAGGCAGGCCAAGGGUGAUGCCGAAGAAACCGCUCAGAGGAAACAACAGGAGGUUAAAGUUGAUGUCAAGGAAGAGAAACCAGUGAGCGGUCCUGCGGCACAGCCUGCUGAUGAAGUAAGUAAGGAGAGAGAAGAGAAGGCUAAAGAAAUACAGGAAGACAAAUCAGAAGAAGCAAAAAGGGAGACCAAGGAAGUGCAGACCAAUGAGCUAAAGUCAGAGAAGGCUUCUCAGAAAGCCACCAAGAAGACCAAAACUGUCCAGUGUAAAGUGACCCUCCUAGAUGGCACCGAGUACAGCUGUGACCUGGAGAAAUGUGCGAAGGGACAAGUGUUAUUUGACAAAGUGUGCGAACAUCUCAAUCUCUUGGAAAAGGACUAUUUUGGACUUUUAUUUCAGGAAAGCCCUGAACAGAAAAACUGGCUAGAUCCUGCAAAAGAAAUAAAGAGACAGCUACGAAAUCCUCCUUGGCUGUUCACCUUUAAUGUGAAGUUUUAUCCUCCUGAUCCUUCUCAGUUGACUGAAGAUAUCACCAGAUACUUCUUGUGCCUUCAGCUCCGGCAGGACAUUGCCUCCGGCCGCCUGCCCUGCUCAUUUGUGACUCAUGCCCUCCUGGGAUCCUACACGCUGCAGGCUGAACUUGGGGACUAUGAUCCAGAAGAACAUGGCAGCAGUGACCUCAGUGACUUCCAGUUUGCCCCCACACAGACGAAGGAGCUGGAAGAGAAGGUGGCAGAGCUGCAUAAAACCCACAGGGGCUUAUCUCCAGCACAAGCUGAUUCUCAGUUCUUAGAAAAUGCAAAGAGGCUCUCCAUGUAUGGCGUUGACCUACAUCAUGCCAAGGACUCGGAAGGCGUGGACAUCAAGCUGGGUGUGUGCGCUAACGGGCUUCUCAUUUACAAAGACAGACUGAGAAUCAAUCGUUUUGCUUGGCCGAAAAUCUUGAAAAUUUCCUAUAAGCGCAGUAACUUCUACAUUAAAGUUAGGCCAGCAGAGCUCGAACAAUUUGAGAGCACCAUUGGAUUCAAACUGCCAAACCAUCGGGCAGCAAAAAGGCUAUGGAAAGUGUGCGUGGAACAUCAUACUUUCUACAGGCUUGUGUCUCCAGAGCAGCCACCAAAGGCCAAGUUCCUGACCCUGGGGUCCAAAUUCCGCUACAGCGGCCGCACCCAAGCCCAGACCCGCCAGGCAAGCACCCUCAUUGACAGGCCAGCGCCACACUUUGAGCGUACCUCUAGCAAACGGGUCUCCAGGAGUCUAGAUGGAGCUCCAGUUGGUGUUGUUGAUGAAAGUCUUAUGAAGGAUUUUCCUGGCCCUGCUGGGGAGGUUUCAGCAUAUGGCCCCGGAGCUGUCAGCACCGCCAUGGUACAGGAUGGGGAUGGCAGAAGGGACCUCAGGAGCCCGACUAAAGUCCCACAUGUGCAAUUCGUUGAAGGAAAGAAGAAUUCCUUGAGAGUAGAAGGGGAUAAUAUUUAUGUCAGACAUAGCAAUUUAAUGUUGGAGGACCUCGAUAAGGCCCAGGAGGACAUACUGAGACAUCAGGCUAGCAUUAGUGAACUCAAGCGCAAUUUUAUGGAAUCCACACCUGAGCCGCGCCCUAAUGAAUGGGAAAAACGACGUAUCACACCUCUGUCCCUACAGACACAAGGGAGCAAAGGAGACCAUCUUUUCAAGGAUAUUUUAUCCGUGAAGGAGAAGCAUCAGAGAGCGGCAACACGGACAGUUGAAGAAAAAGUCCAGGAGGCAGACAAGAAACGCGCUCCCGAGUCAGAAGGGCCUUGCACUGGAGCCAGUGAUGCUGCUAAGAGUUCACAUGAGACUCUGAAUGUAGUGGAGGAGAAGCAGCAGGCAGAGGUUGGGAAAGACGAAAGAGUUAUCACAGAAGAAAUGAACGGUAAAGAGCUAUCACCUGGGAGUGGUCCUGGGGAGACCCGUAAGGUGGAGCCUCUGACGCAGAAAGACUCCACCUCCCUGUCUUCUGAGAGCAGCAGCGGCAGCGAGAGCGAGGAGGAGGAAGACGUGGGCGAGUACCGGCCCCACCACCGUGUGACCCAGGGCACCAUAAGGGAAGAGCAGGAGGAGUAUGACGAAGAGGUGGAGGAAGAAGCCGGCCGAGCAGCCAAGGUAGUAGAGAGGGAGGCAGCAGUGCCAGAAGCCAGCCCAGGCAGACAAGCAGGUGCCAGUGUAAGCGCAGUAGAAACAGUGAUCCGGGAGAAGGUAGUGGCCCCAAAGCUAUCUGCAGAGAAGAGUGUAAACGAAGGCGCUAUUAAGCAAGACAUGAGCGAAGAAACAGAGGACGAGCAGCAUAAAGUUAACGGAGAGGUGUCUCAUGUUGACAUUGAUGUGUUGCCACAAAUUAUUUGUUGUUCCGAGCCACCAGUGGUAAAAACAGAGAUGGUAACAAUUUCUGAUGCCUCACAAAGGACAGAAAUCUCCACCAAGGAAGUCCCUAUUGUCCAAACUGAGACCAAAACCAUCACAUAUGAGUCUCCACAGAUUGAUGGCGGGGCUGGUGGUGACUCGGGGACGUUACUGACGGCACAGACCAUCACAUCUGAGUCCGUGUCGACGACGACGACAACACACAUCACCAAGACUGUGAAAGGUGGAAUAUCUGAAACAAGAAUUGAGAAACGCAUCGUGAUCACGGGAGAUGCGGACAUCGAUCAUGACCAGGCGCUGGCCCAGGCCAUCAGGGAAGCCAGAGAGCAGCACCCCGACAUGUCGGUCACGAGAGUGGUAGUGCACAAAGAGACGGAGUUGGAGGAAGGGGAAGAGUAAGUAAGAAAUGCAUUUUUUUAAACAACAUUCAACUUUGUGAACCUGAAGAAUUUUGACCAUUCCAAGUCUUAAUGCCACACCACUACUCCAGCGAAUUUAUACUACGACUGGUAACCAUGACCAGGAGCCGGAAGAAUUAAAAUGCCAACGACCAAACCUUACCUUAACAGCUCUGGUCUAUACUGUUCCCUCGCAUUUUAAUACAUUAUUUUGUUUUAUAACCACUUCUAAAUAUUCUUUUUUUUUUCUUAAUUAGGGAGUUUUGAUUUUGUUUCCCCGUUUGCUUUGUGUACAACUACCUGCUUUUUAAUCACUCAUUUUGAUCAAAUGAUAGUGAACAAAGCCAGCCCAAGCUGGUAAGGUGCCGUUCACUUGAACAGGUGCUGUUGUGCAGAAAGGAAACUCAGUGACUAAUUUCAAUAGCGGCUUUCCUAUCUUCCAGAUUCUUCCCAUUGAAUUCUCACAGGAAAUAUUUACAGAUUUUCAGAUGCAGUCAAUAUACUGUAUGAGGAAAUAUUAAUACAGAUUAGAAGCAUUUCUUACAUCUUGAAAAUUUUCUAAUGUUUGAGAAUUUCACUGGGGAUAUUUUUUAUAUUGAACCCUGUUGACUUUCCAGUCCUCUGACUUUGGGCCGGAAAAGUAAAAAGUCAGAGAAUUUCCAGACUGGAGAAUUACCAACAAAUUCACUGACCACGCACUGUGUUGAGAGACCCUGUCGCACCACAGUGCCAAUGCUUCUCAGACACGUGCUCUUUGGCAGCAUUCCAGAAACAGGAGGGAGGAAGAAGAGAAAAUGGUGGCUUCCCUUCUGCUAAAAUAUGCAGGCAGCUUAAAACCUUAGUGCUUUCUUUCUUAACAUGUCCAAAUUUCAGUACUUUCCAUUAUUUGAA